AUGCCGUUGGACUCAAUCGACGAGUCGAAGGUGACAGUCUACGGCGCCUGCUUCUGCUGUUUCAACGGACUCAACUUGGAGAAUAUCGAGAUCGGAUGUGCUGCCAAGGAGACACUCCUUUGCCUGGAGUGGGACUUCUGCCUCAAGACCAACACCGAGAAGCUUCGUUGCUUCUGCCUGGACAUCCGCAUCGUGCCUGUGACCGUUUGCAUCAAGCAGCAGGGCCAAAUGUGCUGCCUCGUUUCCGCAGCGGCGAUUCCGCCCGAUGCGGAGGUGCCCAUGAUGCUUUCGGUCUGCUUCCUGGUCUGCUUCCCCAAGUUUGGCUUCUUCAAGAAGAUCUCGGAGGUGAAGGGGUGA